AAUACCUUUUUAGUUUUUGUAUGUACAAUAUUUAAAUCAUGGUGUUAAUCCGCAGUAUAUCUUUACUGAAAGUAAAUAACUUUCUGAAGUCUUUUAUCAAAGUUAAAAAAAUAAUAGUCCGAAACGUGUCCCAGGAACAUUUUGUCAGCGGCACUUUAGAGCUGGAGAAACCCCUGAAUGCUUACUAUUACCAUUUUACUCAUUUAAAAUUACCGGAGAAGAAGGUACUUGCGACGUAUGUUUGGAUUGAUGGUAGUGGUAUUAAUAUGCGUUCAAAAGACCGAGUUCUCUCCGAAAUACCGUGCGAUUUAUCGAAGAUACCCAAAUGGUCAUUCGACGGGAGCUCAACAGGACAAGCAAAAACUGCCAACUCCGAGGUUUUAUUAAUUCCUGUUGCAAUGUACAAAGAUCCAUUUCGCAAAAGUCCUCAUGUACUCGUUCUUUGUGAGACCCUACAGGGUGAUGGUACUCCUACCAACACUAAUCAUCGGGCGAAAUGUGGGUGUGUUUUGAAUACAAUUUCAGAUCAGGAACCAAUGUUCGGCAUAGAACAGGAAUAUACAAUGUUUCAUGAUGACCUGUGGCCUUUAGGUUGGCCGAAGUCAAGAGGUUUUCCAGUUCAAUGUAAACAUGAAUUUUCGUACUGUGGUAUCGGACCGUAUGUUGUCGGGCGUGACAUUGUUGAAUGUCACACCAGAGCAUGCAUGUACUCCGGCAUGGAUUACGAAGGGUCUAAUGCUGAGGUAAUGAAAAGUAGUUGGGAAUUUCAAGUUGGUGCCACUGGAAUUAAGGCGGCCGAUGAUCUAUGGAUGGGAAGAUAUUUGCUUCAUAGAAUAGCAGAGCAAUUCAAUGCUGUUAUUAGUUUUCAUCCGAAACCUAUGGGUAAAUAUCAACCAGGUAUUGGAUGUCAUCACAAUUUCAGCGUUAAAAAAAUGAGAUGCGAUGGAGGAAUUACAGAAAUAGAACGAGUGUGCAAAGUUUUAUGCGAUAAUCACGAAACUUAUAUGGAAAAUUAUGGGCUCAACGAUAGCCAAGAAAACAAAAAAAGAUUGCAAGGAUCAUUUGAAACUGCUCGUUUUGAUACAUGUAGGUGGGGCGUGGGCGACCGAAGUGCGUCUAUAAGGUUACAGAGAAGUGUAGCUAUGGCGCAAAAGGGAUAUCUUGAAGAUCGACGACCAGCAGGUGACUGUGACCCUUAUCGCGUGUGUGCGCUUCUCGCAGAAACAUGUACAUAAAAGCAAAAUCAUAUUAUGUAUAUACGAAUAAUAUAAAACAUCGUAUUACAAUCUAUUUACUAAUCAAUCCUGAAAGAAUUUGACAAUCUCACAGAAAAGAAGUUUUUGAAUAAAAUAAAGUAA